AUGGCACCCAUCAAGAUUCAGCGUGCCAUACAGAACUUGACGCCAAUCAGUAUUAGCUACAGUCGGUGUCGCAGUCAGCUGGAGUCGUUCGUGCAUUUCGGUGCACUGCUGAGUCUCAUCCUUUCAUCCUAUUUUUUCCUGCUGGCACCCUUGAGCGAUGCCAUGCUGACCGUCAAGACCGAGCUUUGCGGAGGCAUCCAGCGGUUUGUGGCUUCUUACAAUGCAGAUACACAGAUUACCGUUGGACUUGUCACAGCUGAUUCCCACGACGCACGCAACUUUUCUUACAGUCAGACGGUGAUCCAGGCACACAAAGAUUCACUGCCAGGGGCUACCUCCGAACUAGUCAGGUUUGCUGCCAACCAUGACAUGUUUCAGCAAGACAUGGCGCGCAACAUGCAAGAAGAGGCCGCGCGGUAUUCGAGCUGUUUUGAACUGGAUGUGCUGAAAGAGGAUUCCCCUUACCGCACAGACCCAGCCAUGCAACCUUUGGGUGCCUUGCUGGUAAACUCUGCCGCCGGCGCUCUGGGACGUGCCGGUGCACGAGGCUGUCAAGAACUGAAGGACAAAUGCGACGAUCCAGACGGGCGUUUGUUGCGGAUGAUCUGCGGUGAGACGUGUGGUUGUUUAGAGCCUUUCAGUUCUCCGUGGUACAAAGUUCCAGCACAAGGUUGUGCGCCUGCUUGCCUUGAACUUGGACAGCCGAAGUUGCAGAACCGUUCUUGCCAGGAUAUGCCUGUGGACGAUACAUGGCGUGCCUUCUGGGCUCAAUAUCCGGAGGUUUUGUCCCAUUACUUUGGACAUCCAGUGGAGACCGUUCAGGCAUUCGCUCUGGUGAACCAAACUCUGCAGGCCUUGGCAAUGGGUGGAUGCCCAGUUCUGUUGCAGUUUCCCGUAGACUACAUGUCUGGCAAUGUUUGGUGCGAGGGAAUGCCCGAACUGGUCCGUCCAUUGGCUUCUAUAUGCCCGCAGACAUGCGGCUGCGACCAGCCAUCGUCGAAGAUUUCCCAGCAUUGCCCUCCAAGCUGCAGCAUAACUCGAAGCAACGUGUCUGGUUCCGUGUCACCUUCAUAA